AUGUGGCUACGAAUACUUAUAUCACUGAUAUUGGUGCAAUAUCUGAAUGCCGAGUGCGAUGUUUGUCAGACAAACAGGGCUGCCUGUCAUUCCCAGAAUACUUAUUCGAUCUGCAUCAAUGGUGAGGCAUCAAAAAAAGUUAUUACCUGUCCAACCAAUUACGUUUGUACGGGAGGAAAAUAUAUAUGUUAUCCGGAAAGCCACAAUGAUCCCAUUUGUAAACCUGUAGUCGAUCUGAAUGCAUAUUGCAAUGCUAUCGGAAAGGCAACCAGCUAUGAAAACAAGGAUGAUCCCACCUGCAAAAGGUGAGCAGCAGCAUCAAGC